CGAAAAGGAAGAAAACCAAUCAAUCAUUCAAUGGCUAUCUUUCCAUCUCUUCUCCUCUUGACUGUAGCCAUUGUUCUUCUAAUCCUGGCUACUUUCAAUGGAGGUCGAAGAAGGAAUAAAUCCAACCAACCUCCGUCUCCAUCCAAGCUUCCGAUCAUUGGCAACCUCCACCAGCUAGGUGGGCCUGGUUCCCUUCUACACUAUUCUCUAAGGUCGCUUUCUGAGAAACAUGGCCCACUAAUGCUCCUCCACAUGGGGAACAGUCCAACUCUCGUAGUUUCAUCAGCAGAGAUGGCUGAAGAGAUCUUGAAAACCCAUGAUCUUGUUUUCGCAAGCCGGCCUUUGCCUUGUCCGUACGCUGCCAGGCAGCUUCUUUACGGCGGCACUGACUUAGCCUUUGCACCCUAUGGGGAGUACUGGAGGCAAAUUAGGAAAAUCUGCGUCCUCGAGCUUUUGAGUGGUAAGAGAGUGCAGUCAUUCGCGUUUAUUAGGGAAGAAGAAGUUGGGAGUAUGAUCGAGGAGAUUAAAGGUUCAAAUUCGAUCUCUGCCGUUGAUCUGACUGAUAUGUUUCUCUCCCUGUCGAGCGGCAUAAUCUCAAGAGUUGCUUUAGGGAAGAAGUAUAUAGGAGGAGAGAAUGGGAAGAAUAGAUUCAUGGAUCUGGCAAGGGAAUUGGAAGCUCUCUUGGGAUCUUUUUGCGUAGGAGAUUAUUUUCCAUCAUUCGGAUGGAUUGAUGUUCUAAGCGGCUUCGAUGCGAGAUUGAAAAGAGUUUCCAAAGGCAUGGAUGAUUUUCUUGAUCAAGUGAUCGACGACCAUCUCAUUCGUUCGAAUGUCAACAGCGAUGGAAACGACCGUGAGCAUAAUGACCUUGUGGAUAUACUACUCCACCUCAAUACCAAUGCCAACGUCCGUCUCACCAAAGAUAACCUGAAAGCCAUCAUCUCGGACAUGUUCGUUGGAGGAACCGACACCUCAUCGGUCAUUUUGGAAUGGGCCAUGGCGGAGCUCAUGAAGAAUCCACAUGAUGUGAUGGAAAAAGCUCAAACAGAAGUAAGAAGAGUGGUAGGAAGAAAAGCAAAGGUGGAAGAGGACGACCUUGCUCAGAUGGACUACUUGAAAUGCAUAAUCAAGGAGACACUACGAUUACACCCUCCAGCACCCUUGUUAGUUCCACAUGAAUCCACAAGAAGCGUGACAGUACAAGGCUACCAUAUCUCUGCAAAAACAAGGGUCCUGAUUAAUGCAUGGGCUAUUGGAAGGGACCCCAAAUCAUGGGAAAAUGCUGAUGAGUUUCUUCCUGAGAGAUUUACCAACAACCCAAUUAAUUUCAAAGGUCAGGAUUUUCAAUUGAUACCAUUUGGUGCUGGGAGGAGGAUUUGCCCAGGAAUGGCAUUUGGCAUCUUCACUGUUGAAGUUGCUCUUGCCAACCUUCUGUAUUGGUUUGAUUGGGCCUUGCCUGGUAGCACAAAAAAGGAAGAUAUAGACAUGAGUGAAGUUUCAGGUCUUGUUGUCCACAAGAAAUUUCCUCUUUAUCUGGUUCCAAAAUAUCACUUUUCAAUGUAAGUAAUUAAAUUGUACUGCUCAGUUAGAGGGAGAGUGUUAGGGUUUUCUCUGCUCUAUAUUGCAAGAGAACUAGGUUAGCUCUCCCAAGCCUCUUCUUUAUUAGGACGUGGGUUGUUGCCAUUUGUCUUUUGUUUUAUUUCUUUUCUUGGAAUCUUUGCCGGUAUGUACUGUAAUAAACUUAUUAUUUACCUUCCCAGUGACAGAGAAAUGCUCUUAUUUGUUUAGGAAGUGGAUUGCGUCCUUCCCAGUCAGGAGGAUAAUCCGUUCACGCAGGGCUUUU